CUCUCUGUCAGAUGCAAGCUAAGGAACCAGAGGACAAGAUACAUCAGCCUGUCAGCAAAGUAAUCGUGCGGAACCGACUUAAAAUGGUAUUAAAACACUUGUCACUCUUGAAGCUGCUCAAAAGCUCAAACCCUCGGAUCCAAGAACUGCAUAACUUGGCCAGAAGGUGUUGGAAUUCACUGCUCAGGAUCCCAAAGAUCCUGGGGAUCUCCUCUGGGUACGAUAACGUCUGGGAUGAAGUGGAACAAAAUAACAAAGAGCUCCAGGAGGAGGCUGGGUGUUCCUACCAGAAACUGGACUCUGAGAAAUUAAAGCCCACAGUGGAGCCUGAGGAGUGUGAGGAGUCGAGGCCCAGGGCACAGGAGGCUAUGCCACAGAAAGAGGAGCAGAUGGAGCCUGAGGCCCCGAUGACAUCGAGGGGUCACAGCCUGACCACCAGUCCCAGAGCCCAGGCACAGGAGCCACCCACUGGGGACCCCCGAGUCAUCUUCCGGAAGACCCACCAGGACAGAACUCCCGUGAAGGAUGUGAAGCAGCCGGAAAGAGUGAACCAGCGGGUCUGGUUUGAGGGGCUGCCCACACGAGUCCACCUCCCAGGGCCCCGGGUGAUGUGCAGAUCCUCCGCCUUGCGCUGGGUCAGGCGCUGCUGCACCCGCUUCUGCUCGGCGUCACUGGAGAUGCCGAUGGUCCAUCUGUACAAGGUGUGACGGAGCCCGAGGUGUGCAGAGAGCGCGCGGGAGAUGGCACAAUCAUGGACCGGGAGGGAAGGGCGGGAGAAUUCCUAAGUCUA